AUGCAAAAGUCGAUCUCCAGAGACGCCGCCCCCAACUCUCUGACUGGGGUCAUUCGGCGUGCGUUUCAACUGGGAAACGGAAACGAAAUGGACAUAUCCAAGAGGGACCGCGAAUGGCCCAACCAAAAUGAAAUGCGUCAUACUCGUGGGGCUGCCUCAUACUCCACGCAGAGGUAUGCCACGCCACGAUGGCAAGACGAGGCUCCUAGACGACCGUGGCGUUCUGACAAUCCGUUUAGACCGCAGGCCUAUCCACUA